UUCUUCAGCUCGUUUAUUAUUGUUUACAAAACGCAAUUCCCGUCAAAAUAAAGCAGAUAAAACAGUGAUAAAAGUCGCGCGGCGACUGGGGAAAUGCAGUCGAAGGCCUGCUAAACCGCGCAGCAUUCGCUGCUCAGUGGCAGCGGACCCAGAAAGUGUUUUCCACCCCGCCCAACCACUUGUUGUUUUUGGACUCUGCCCGCCCCAUAUAACACCAUUAAUUAUCCAUAUACUCUCGAACGAUUUCGCAUCUGAUGUCCCGGGAAAUCGGAGCAAUCAGGGCGGUACACUCAUAUCUCAACACGGGUCUCCAGUUCGUCGUCACUCAGCUGUCAUUAUAUAUUAUCAUAUUCUCAUUUCGGAACCUGGAAUCGUCGCAACUCUAUCAAUCUCAAUCGAAAGAAAUAUUUAAUAUCAUAUUAAAAAACCAGCACUAGACCCUAUCUCAAAUCAAGUCGCAAUCAAAUCGGCUAAGUUUAUUGCCUCCUUCAAGUGUCCAAGUAGCUGAAUCAUCGACAUUCCACAAUGACGGGGCAGAGCAAGCUGAUCGAUCCCCUGUGCAUAACCUGCAAGGAGUUCCAGCACCCAUGGACGGACCACUGCGUCAACGCCACCGCCGGAAUCUUGCUUUCGGCCACGCCCUACUGCCUGCGGGUCUACACAGUGGUCUACGCCCUGUCCCUGCUGAUGCGCCACCGCAUUCCCAGUCGUGAGGAUCUGCGCAGGACUCUGCUGGGCAUCAUCCAAUCGACUGCUUUCCUGGUGACCAAUGCCUACACCUUCAUCCUAUAUAACUGCGCACUGCGGCACAUCUUGGGCAGCUAUCACUUCUCCACGGUGGCCUUUGUGCCCUGCUUGUUCGCCUCUUUCUCGGCCAUUCUGGUGGAGCGACCAGCCCGCCGACCACUGCUCACUCUUUAUGUGGCCAACGUGGCCACGGAAACGCUGUGGAAGAUGGCGGAGUCGAGGGGCUGGGUGAGCUCUGUACCAAACGGGCAGACACUCAUCUUUGGUCUGAGCAUGGCGGCCCUACUAUACCUCUAUCGUACUGGCACUACAAAGGAUUCCAUCUUUAACAUCCUUCGCAUCUUCGUGGGCAAGGAGGAGGCGGGACCGGUGGCCAAGUCCGGUCCUGCAGUGCCCGGCGAGCAGCCAGCUCCGUCUCGCCGUCGUCCCGCCGUCAGCUUCUCUAAUGUCUCCGACUUUGUACGCGUCUACAGCAACCUCAUCCACGCCAAACAUGACAGCUGCCGGCACCAGCAGAGCUGCAUCGGUUACUCUCUGAUCGGGGGAAUUAAACCCUUCGUGGGCGGAGUGGGUCUUCAGGUGGCCCUCAAAGUGGUUAUGAACCUCAAGCGGAUCACUGCUGGAAAGAUGCCGUGGAAGAAGCUGGUCUUCAAUCGCGGAACUCUGCAACUGGGCAUAUUCAUGGGCAGCUUUUCUUUCCUAUAUAAGUCGGUAUCCUGCCUACUUCGGCACAGUUUCAACCGAGAUGAUGCUAGAUUCGCCAUUCCCGCCUCAUUAAUUGCCUCUGUGUCCUUUACUCAGUACCCGGAUAACACGGUGGCCUUGUAUGUCAUGUGGAAGGCUUUGCAGAUCCUUUGCACCAAGGGACAGGAGCGAGGAAUUCUGCCGCACAUCCCCAACUUCAUGCUGUUCUUGUACUCCUUCUUCACGGCUGUGCUUUUCCAUGCAGGAAUCCUGGAGCCCAAGAGCCUGCGCCCCAGUUACUAUAAGUUUCUGCAGGCCAUCUCGGGCGAUCGGCUAAGCAAGUUUAAUCUGAGCGCCUUUGAUGUAUUCGGUUUGAGCAGUCAACAACAGGCGCUGGACACCAUUAAAGCAUUAAACAUCGUAGAGAAGUCAUCGCUGCCCUCCUACUCACUCGCCUCUUGAGCCGAUAGUAUCAAAUUCUAAUAGAUAAUCAAUUAGACGACUCCGCUAGAGGCACCAUAUACACUGGUGGAAAAAAUAAUAGAAACGAUUUUCACUUCUGCACUUCUUAUUAAAUAGCAAAGUAAGUACGAAAGUUCUGGGCUUCAUACCAAUAACAUGUGAAGCACUGAUAACUGUUCUUUAUUUUGUGUUACACCUUGAGCCCCAUUCGCCGUUAUUAUGUGCUGUGUGCAUAAUUUUUGAGGGCAAGCACAUGUUUGGCCUGGAAAAAAAAAUAGAAACACUAUUUAUUUCAACCGAAAUUUCGGCUUAGACUCUUUGUAUUUCGAACUUUUUGGUUUAGUUUUAGUACUUUAAGGUAAGUUUAACAAAAAGUUUCGAACAUGGUGAAAAUCCGUUUAUAAUUACGACUUCUAGGCUCAGAAUGGGUCGAGGAGUGCACUGCACGGCUCCAGAAAGGCAGAUAAUAAAAAAACUGAGUGAUGAAGGCAAAUCAAUGACUGAAGUAGCUGAACUAAUGAAUUGCUCAAAGAAAAAAGUGUUUUCCGCUGUUCAUUACAUCGAUAAAAAGGAGAACCGAGGUAGAAAGCGAGCCACAACCAAAAGGUUUGACGACAUUUUGGCUCGAACAGUAAAAAAGGACCCAUUCCUGACAGCCAAGGAACUCAAAAAUACCUUAGGGGCAGCAGUUACAGCUCGGACAACUAGAAACAGGCUAAUUGAACGAGAUCUGAGAGCAUAUUCAGCCAGGAAGGUUCCAUCUCUGAGCCAAAAAAAUAUGAAAAAUAGACUGAUUUUUGCAAAACGACACCAGAACCGCCAAAACUGGAACAAUGUUCUCUGGUCCGAUGAAACUAAAAUAAAUAUGUGUGGAUCAGAUGGGAAAAUAUAUGUGAGACGCCCAAGGAACACUGCUUUCGAUCCUAAGCAUACGAUUAAGACUGUUAAGCAUGGUGGAGCCGUUUCUAUUAUUUUUUCCACCAGUGUAUCUCCAUAUAUCCGCAAUUCAAAGCGAUCUGUAUAUACGUCAAGAGUCUCCCGCGCUCAAAGAGCGCCCAACGAUUACUAAUUUAAGCUAGUAUGGGUGAAUUGUAAAAUAUGUUGACCUUUUUUUGGUAUCAAUAAAUCAUCAAAAAUAUACAA